AUGACGAAUCAAGCCCGACGCAUCUCCACUCCGUCUCUGCCUCCGCCGUCAUCCCCCCCAUCCGUGCUGCUAUACGACAACGGCCAUCACCAACAACCGGUUAGCCCCUCGGAGGCGCGCGGUGUGCCUUCCCCGGCACAGACUCUGUGGACUGCUCCCUCGCCGACUCAGACCCUUGGCCACUCGAGCCCGGAGCUUCCCCCGCUUGCGUCGCUAGCUGGUCUGCAGAGCUUUCCGCGGACGCCUUCGACAGCCGCUGACCACGAGAGAUUCGAGAACACUUCGUACUAUACCGCUAGCUGGGGGAGUCCGUAUCGACACCCACCGCCGUCGUUUAGGCUCGAUCGAAAUCGCUCGACGCAGUUGGGAAGCGACGAUUUCGAGGAGGACGCGUCGAACCUCCUUUUUGGCCUAGAGCAUCUCCUUCCGAGACCAUUGGAGGAGGACGAUUCGCCCGGACGGUUUAAUCUUGAGCAUCUGCUUCCGCAGCCGUUGCACCAGGACGACGAGCUUAGCCAGUUUAAUCUUGAGCAUUUGAUUCCUUCUCGUCUUCCUAUUAAUAGUCUCGAUACCCCGACGAGAGGGAAUUUCAGGUCAGAUCUUACUCCACGCUCUAACGCGAUUAAUACGCGAUAUUCGACUGAGGAGUGGGUUCGACAAUUCUUAGACGGCCGCUGGAAUCGCGAGACGAACGAUUGGCUGAGUGAAAGCUCCUCUUCGGAGAGCGAUAAUACAGGCGAGAGUUCCGGUAACUAUCUCGAGCCGGUAGCUGCGAAAGCGAAGAAGAGCCACAAGAGCAACAAGACACUUAAUCAGCAGGACUUCUGGUCUCAUUUUAGCAAAGGUCAGAAGGAAGAGCUAGGCAAGAUGAUGGCCUCACGGUAUGCCCCCGAGAGGCUUUCAAAGAAGGCAUCGAAUAGCAGCCUGAGAACUGCACUUAAGCAGAGUGUGAAUGCCGAGGAGCCUCCUCAGGCAACGGAAAAGUCAGAAGCCUCUGAGGCGCCGAAGCCGAUGGAGAAAACUGCCACCAAGCCGACCACAGCGGCUGAGCCUGUCCUCGUACCGCGUCCGCGCAAGAAGAUCAUGGUCAAGGGUAAAGGAUGCAUCAUCUCCAUUCCCAGGGACAUUCCAAGAGGGACACCGGGUUACCCUCCAAAGCCAAUGAGUCCCGAGGCUUUCGAGGCCAGAUUGCGGCAAUUCGAGAGCCAAGGAUACGAUGUCCGUGGCACUGGACGUAGUGAGCUUCAAAUGUCUCCGCCGCAGAACCGGCCUAUUUGGCCUGAUGAAGAGGAAAUCCAGGCAGAUCGCGCAAAGGGACACCGUAUACGGAUACCAAAUAGGGAAGAGUGGGAGGCAUAUGUUCAACAACUAUUGGAAGCCAAACUCGCUGCUCUCGGUGUCAGUGUUCCAGGCGAGGAAGAGGAUGUGCCAUCGCGACAACCCUCUGCCCAGCAGCCUGGAAUGCCAUUCUCCCCGCCUCUGCCAACCUCGUCCGCAGGGAGCCAGCGCAUGCGGCAAGGGAGCAUCGUAUCCGGCACCUUCCCCUUGGGACCUUCCCCAGGCCAUAUGUCGCGCCAAUCGAUAGCCUCGCCGAUGUCCAUGUUUGGCAACACACGUGGCAGCAUGCACAUGCAUAGACAUUCCACGUUCGCAUCCCCGGCUAGCUUUGUGCAACAGACUGCUUCGCCUACGGGAGCAUGGUCACCAGGCAAUUACUUCAGCUCUCAAGGAGCGCGAGGUGGGUCGCCUGCUCUUCCGCUGAGCAGGCCCGAUCUUGGGGAAGGUGUCUCCCCGAUCUCUCCGUUCGGUAUUAGGCCGGGCCAACAGUUUCCGGUUGGCACUCCGAAGGACGAUCUUCUGGUUCAGAUGCAACAGCAACAGCAGCAAUUGCAAGCGCAGCUUCUGCUCCAGCAACAGCAACAGCUUCUGGGUCUGAGACCUUCCUCAACACUUGCAGAGGUCCCUGAGGAUGUUGCUGAGGAGGAUGCGGUGCCGGCCCUGCAAUCGAGUCAGCCAGGUCCGGACAUUGCUGUGCCCACUCCUCGUGGACAUCGCCAUAAUAUCAGUGCCAAUUUGGAGCGUGAGGCACGCGAUGCGGAAUAUCACUUGGAGGAAGCCAUUGAUAAACAAUUCAACGAGGGAGGAGACUUUAGUACGGAGCCUGAGACUGCUCAUGCUCAGUUCCAGCCUUCCAAUAUCGUUGCUGGCUCCACUUGGGAGGGCUCGCGACCGGUUCUACAUCAACCCCAACCGCAUAACAGAGCCCAUUCGCUUGCCCAGCCAUCGCAAGCCAGUCCAUUCAGCUUCCCUGGGCCCCAGGCAGAGAACCCACGUGGGGAUAGUGAUGGAGCAAGGACGAAUAUCUCUGAAGUCACUAACCCCAGUCUGGAGGGUGAGAGUCGCAAUACCGCCCAGCACUCUAAAGCGCCAUCACAGAUGAGCAACUCAUGGAACGAUUCCAAGUUCACUUUCGGGAAGAAUGGGUCUGCUCUGCACAGCAAGCAUACGUCGCGAUCUUCGAUCUCAAAACUCAACGUGGAGGCCAAAGAGUUCAAGUUCAAUCCCUCCGCAACUUUCAGCCCUGCAUCCAUGUCCUCGGCGUUCUCGUUCUCUGCUGGCGCCAAUCCUGAGGCUGCCUCGCGGAAUAAUAACUUGGAUGGGCAGUCCGGGUUUAAUGUUGCUGCACCUGCUUUCAAGCCCGAUGCACCCGCGUUCAAGCCUGAAGCGCCUGCGUUCCAACCCUUUGCUCCAGUCUUCCAGCCCAGUGCGCCCACGUUCACUCCCGCUGUCCCGGCAUUCAGAGCGAACCCUAUCAUUGCUCCAACGAUGCCUACUAGUGGCUUCAACUUCUUCUCCUCCUUCAAGCCUGGCGCCCCAGCUUUCAACCCGGGCAGUGCAGAAUUCAAGCCAAGCACUGAGGCUGCGCCUACUACUUUCUCCUCGAAGAUCUUUGGGGAUGUCAGUAUUUCUGCUAGCGAUAUUGUCAAGCCUGCCAAGCGCUCCAAGGCUGUUCCUAUCGUGCGUCCUGAUGUCCCUCGGCAGACUCCUGAACGGAAACUAGAAGAGGAAAAGGAAGAUGAAUCUGGGCGACCAGUACAAGCAGAUGGUCGUGAGAAGCGUGCCCGACGUGUGAGGGACGAUAGCAACGAUGUGCCUAAGUUUGCUAUUCAACCUAUCCUUCCGUCACAGCCUCUCGCUGAGUCGAAGCGGUCGCAGAAUGUCAAGGACAAUGUCCCAGCUGAAAGCAAAGUCCUUCUGGAGGAGAAGGAGAAUCAGUCUCCGGAAGCCGAGCUUGUGUCAUCGAAGUCCAAGACUCCAGAACCCCUUUCCGGACGGGACGACGGUCCUACCCUAGAGGCGACUCCCCAAACCGAGCAAUCCACGGAACGUUUGUCUAGCCCAAGGACCUCAAUUGAUGACAAGACGCCUCAUGAAAGCGAAGGUCUCGAAAGCGAAGGUCACACACCUACGGUGGAAGAAACACACAAACUGUCCAAGCAUGGGCAUAAGAGCUCACUUUCCGCCACCGCGAAGCCUUUCGAGUUCCGUCCCAGCGGUCAGGAGUUUGGUAUCCAUGUCACCAAGCCUUCUAUCACGCAGAAUGAGGAUUUCAACAACUCGCCGUUCAACCCUCUACGGCAUGAAAGCCGUAGCCCGGCGACGACAUUCCGCCCUAGCGAUGACGGGUCGUACAAGACUGCAUUGGAAAGCCGGAGAAGACCUCACUAUCCGGAGAGCGAGAGCGUUGAUUUCGAUCAUCUCGGCCAGGCUUCCUUCAAUGACAUUGAUGCCGUUAUGAAGCAUAUGAACGAGGAAGGAUCCGACUUUGGCGUGGAGCGAGAUGGUCCCUCCUGGGAUCAAUCUUCCCCGAGACUAGAUGUGCAAGACUUCGGACGAGCUGACCUGCGACCGAACAAUAUCAUGCGCAGCGACGCACCUAGUCCUAGUCCCCGUGGCCGACUCUACGCUCCCCGGGACGCGGUUGGUUCGUCUACAUCAGUUGCUCGCGAUCCAUUCGACGACGAGCGCGCUGACCCAGCGUACGAGUCCCCCAUCCGCCGCCUAAACAACGCCGAUGACAUCCCUGUGAGCGACUGGGACGAGGGCCUCCCCUCGGAAGAGGAAGAAAAGAUUCAGACCCGCAGCCUCUUCUUCGAUAGACACGUCGAUGAUCUGCUCAGCAAUCUACUGGCGAGUCGUCUUGGCCCGUUGGAGAAUAAUCUGAGAGAUAUUCAGGACUCGCUCGUGGCUAUCUCGCAGCGUCAGGGCCGUGGACCCCGGAGCAAUGUGUCGGAGAGGCUGGAUAGUGAUGCUGAUGAUGAGGACGAUGAGUCGAUUCCUGGGCCCCAUUACCGCAAUAGGUCGCCUAGGAAGGAUAGGAAGAUGGAGAGGUUCCGAGCGAUUAUUAAGGAGACGUUGGAGUCCUAUCAACCUCCUGCCGCUUCCGCUCCCGUACCCGACCUUGGGAUUACAUUACCGGAGAAGAUCCGCGAGGUUGUGGCAGAGGUGCUUGUGGCUCAUCAACCAUCCUUCGAGCCUGUCCCUGCGGAUCAGAUCCGCAGCAUCGUGGAAGAGGCCAUCCAGGCUCACAAGCCAGCCGAUCCUGCACCCGUUGAGUCUCUGAAACCCGAGGAGGUGCGGUCAAUCGUUGCAGAAGUUGUGGCGGCUUCAAUUCCUCAGCCUGCUGCUCCCACUGCUGAGCCGGUCAAGGCUGAGGACAUCCGGUCCAUUGUUAUGGAAGUCUUCGCGACCCAUGCUCCGCAGCCUGCACCUGUUCAGGAGCAGAUACGGCCUGAUGAUAUCAAGUCUCUCAUUAUGGAAGCGCUGGAUUCCCGUACUCCUGCUGCGGAGCCUCCGGAUACUAUUCGUGCCAUCGUUGCCGAGGCACUUGCAUCCCACAAGCCUCCUACGCUUGAGGCUCCGAUCGAUAUCCCGCAACCCCAAGUCGAUCUCUCUGAAAUAUAUCAAGUCAUCGGUAGUCUAAAGGCUUCCAUAGCACAGACAACGAGCCACAAUCUGCAUGCGGAGGAUAUCCGCGAGUUGCUCGACGAUGCGUUCAAACGCCAGAGUAUGGAGGUUGCUAAGCGCGAGGAAUCACAGGCGAUUCUUGAAAGGGACGCCCGUAUUGCGGAUCUCGAAUCUAAACUCGAGGAGACUUCUUUGCGUCUCGAGGCUGAAAGUGCUGCACGUCAGGAUUUGGAGCGGGCCGAAAUUGAUCGCGCACGACUUCUCAAAGUCACUGAAGAGGAGCUUAAUCUUCUUCGCCAAUCAGCCGCCGACGAUGAGAAUAAGAUUCGUGCGUUGAGGGAGGAGUGUGAGGUUGCGCAUCGCACUCUCGAUGCGGUCUACGCUGACGACAAGGAAAUCCGUGCGAAGGUUGCUGCACUUGAAGCCGAGAAUGAGGAGCUCAAACUGAAGGCUAUUGCGUAUGAAACCUCCGAGGGAGAUAUCAAGAAGAAGUUGGAUGUGGUCACCGCGGAGAAUGAGGCUCUCACGUUUACUCUCGAGGAGCAUCGCAUUUCUGCUAACAAGUGGAGGAACGAGAUCCAACAGGCGCACCAGGAGAACGAGCAAAUGCGCAAGGCCAUCGAGCAGUCCCGAUUCCAGGCCGAGGAAGCCGCACGCGUCCGCGAGAUGAUGCGUGCCAAGUUUGACAAAUUGCAACAGGAGAUGACCGUUGCGGCCGGCCAGGUUGCUGCUGAGCGUGCUCAGUGGCAGAAGAACGACGAGGCACAUGCGAAGAGGUACGAAGUCCUCAGUGCUAGGAUUGAGGCUGAGGGUCGGACGCGCGAGCGACUGGAGCGUGAGCUGGAGAGAUUGGAGACGCAAGAACGGGAGGCGAUGAAGCUCAGGAUUGUCCUUGAACAAGCACAAAAGAACAACAAGCAGCUUGAAGAGACGAUUGAACAGCUCAAGCAAGAGUGUCUGGAGCAUCAGAAGGCGGCCGAGAGGUACGAGCGCGACUACAGGGAGGCCAGGGAGACGGGCCACGUUGAGAUCAGGCGCACCCGCGUCCUCCUAGAAGCGGAUAUCGAAGCGGCCAAUAACCAAGUAAACAUUGUUCGGCGCGACCUUGAGGCGGAGAUUUCGCGACUUCGCCUCCUGCUCGACAAUGUGCGCAUGGAUGCGGAUACCCUCAAGGUUAAGCAUGAGCUUGAAUUGGAAGCAGCCUCGGACGCGAAGAAGGCUGCUGUGGAGGAUGCUCUCCGCAGCAAGAAUGCCGCUCUGCAGGAGAUAGAGCAGGCUUUCAAUCGUCGUCUUGAGCAACUGUCUCAGGAGCACAGUCGGGCACUUGAAUUGUCUCGUGAAGAUAAGAAUCGCGCAGAAGCUUACUUCAAGGAUCGCUUGUCCCUCGCUGAUUCCAAGAUGGAGCAUCUUCACGAGAAACUUGCGCUUAUGGAAGAGCGACUUACGAUUGCCAAAGAGGCCGCAAGUGCGGCUGCUGCUGCUGCUCAGUCUGCCAAGGCGGAUUCGACUUCUACUCGACCCGAGAAGAUUUCACCUCAGGCGCUGCGUGAGUCUAUCGCCGUCUUACAAGAGCAACUCCAAGAGCGUGAAACGCGAAUCGAAUCACUUGAAUCGAAGUUGGCCGAAGUGGACAUUGAUGCUCCCAACAAGCUAAAGGAGCGCGACGCUGAGAUCGCCUGGCUGCGAGAGCUCCUCGGCGUCCGCGUCGACGACCUGAACGACCUCAUCAAUGCCCUCGCGCAACCCUCUUUCGACCGCGAAGCCGUUCGCGACGCAGCCAUUCGCAUCCGCACGAACCUCCAAAUGGAGCAGCACGAAAAGGAGCGCCUCAUGACAGGCAACAACCAGUCGUUCCCGACCCUCGCCACCCUAUCCAAUUUCGCCUCGCCCAAGGCCGUCCAGCUCGCCGCCGCCUUUGGGAACUGGCGUAAGGGUCGUGAGAACGCGUCCAGCGCUCUGGCCGGCAACAGCUCCUCGCGUAACCAGACGCCGUCGCGUGUCCAGGUUCCUGCGUCAGCGCAGUCGUUUCUAUCCGGUCUGAUGACUCCACCUACGUCCAACCUCCGCCGAACCCCGGACAUUGCAUCCUCUUCUCGUCGCCGCCCGGAAGGUCACAGCUUACUCCGCACGGCGUCAGGAUCGGACGCUGGGUUCCCAAGCUUAGGCAAGCAUCCAGCGCCCAGCACACCGCCGCUGCUGAGGAGCGCGGCGUACGAUCAGGAUGCCGAGGAUGGGGGUUUCAGCGAGAGCGGAUUUUACGACGAUGAAAGUACAGUCGAUGGAGGAGAGACGACGCCCGUGGAAAUUCGGUUUGGGAGGGAGUUGUUGAGGAGAGAAGGGGAGGGAGAGGGCGAGGGAGAGGGGGAAGUGAGGAGUGAGUAG